GGUGUAAGGGGGUGUGCUUCCUUCUAGUCUUAGCUAGCUACUACAGUAACAAGGGUGUUGAUAACAGGGAAAAAAUGGCGGCAGGGUAUGCCUGGUUUCUGGUACUGGGAUCUGUGCUUUUGUGCAAUCUCGUCAAAACGUUAUUGCCAACUAUUUCUUCUUUUCUUUCUAAGGUCUUCCAGAAGGAUGCAGAACAUGAGAUGGAGAUGAGGACAGAGAUCCAAGACAUGAAGAAGGAGCUGUCCACCAUUAGUAUGAUGGAUGAGUUCGCCAGGUAUGCCCGAUUGGAGCGCAAGAUUAACAAGAUGACGGACAAGCUGAAGACCCACGUCAAAUCCAGAACUGCCCAACAAGCCAAAAUUAAAUGGGUAGUGAACAUAGUGUAUUAUGUUCUCCAGGCGGCUCUGAUGAUCUCGCUGAUUUGGAAGUAUUACGCCGACCCAGUGACGGUUCUGCCCAGUAAGUGGAUUGCCCCUCUGGAGCGGCUGGUAGCUUUCCCAUCUGGAGUGGCAGGUGGUGUUGGAAUCACAACCUGGCUGGUAGUUUGCAACAAGGUGGUGGCAAUCGCUCUCCAGGCUGUUGGCUGAGGAAAGUGGUUGAUAAGGCCCUGAUUUCCAAUAAAUUUGGAACCAAGAACCAAGUAACGCCAGUAUCCGGUUGGUACUGAGCAGCCUCACUCCUGUUUAUGUUUACAAAGUCUUCUUAUUAAGCAUUGGCCUUAAGUUAACUGUGUGUUCUGUUUGUAUUACGCAGAGUUGAAAUGUUGAAAAGUUGUUACAGCAUACAUGGGUUAUUAAAAAUUCAUUUCAUAGGAAUUUCAGUUAAUCUAACAAGGGUUAACAGGCACUGACCAAAAGCAGAGUACCUUUUGAAAGGUAUGUAAGGCAAUCUGCCCAGAAAGAGACUGAUGAAUGAAAAAUGAAAGACCUUUCUUGAGUUUGGUCGAAGGUUGGUCAGAGGUUGGUCAAACUUUAUUACGUAAAGUUUACCAGUAAAGUAGCUGCUACCAAGGGUCAUGUAAGUCCCUGUGUGGGUUUUGAUUUAGUGAAAGAUUACGGUAGAAAGGAAACAGAUUUUUUUUUUUUUUACCAUUUUUGGGAAGCUGUUUCAGUGUUUUAUUUCCUUAUUUAAUUUAUGUAAUGUCUUCCUCUUAUGAGCAAAAAUGUGUGAAUCGACAAGCUUGGAAACAAGGGAAGAGAUGCUGCAACUCUUCAGUAAAUCAGAACGUGGCACUGUAAAAGACUAUAAUUCUACAAUGUCCCAUCUUAAUUGUACAUGUGUUUCUUGAGAUUGUCUUGGAAGCCAUUUCAGAGUGACGUCUUGUGAUUGAUAUACAA